GAGAGAGAGAGAGAGAGGGAGGGAGGGAGUAGGUGGACUGGAUGGCAAAUGCUCUUGACAGUCUAAAAAAGUGACGGAAGUUGCAGCUUGACAGCAGCAGAGAGCAGGAUAAUGGAGCCACAAGAGAUCAGAGAGGGAUACUUGGUGAAAAAGGGUACAGUGCUAAACUCCUGGAAAGCAGUGUGGGUGGUGCUGUCAGAAGAUGCAGUGGAAUUCUAUAAAAAGAAAACAGACCGUUCUCCAAAAGGAAUGAUUCCACUAAAGGGAGCCACACUCACCAGUCCUUGUCAGGAUUUUGGCAAGAGGAUGUUGGUUUUCAAGAUUACCACAGACAAGAAGCAGGAUCACUUCUUCCAAGCUUCACAUGUGGAGGAGAGAGAGUUUUGGGUCAAGGACAUCAAAAGAGCCAUUACCUGCAUACAAGGGGGAAGAAAGUUUGCCAGGAAGUCCACAAGACGCUCCAUUCGCCUACCUGAAACAGUCAACCUGAAUGAGCUGUACAUGCUUAUGAAAGAUCAAGAUGAUGGAGUGAAAGAGUUAAAACUCGAGCAGGAGAACCGAGUCUUCAACCACUGCUUCACUGGUGCGACAGUGGUAGAGUGGCUGACUGCAAAGGGAAAGGCGAGAAAUAGGCCUGAGGCCCUCAUGUUGGCGACAGGUCUCAUGAACGAGGGUUUUCUCCAGCCUGCAGGUGAAAUCUCAAAAGAGGGAGCAGAGAGUGGAGAGCAGACAGCCUUCAUAGAUCAUACAAAUGCUCUUUACUACUUUGCUGACAGUGGGUUCUUCUGUGAAGGUUACUCCAGUGAUGAAGAUGUGCUUGUGAAGGAAGAAUUCAGAGGAAACAUCAUAAAACAAGGCUGUUUACUUAAGCAGGGACAUAGGAGGAAAAACUGGAAGGUGCGAAAGUUCAUACUGAGGGACGACCCUGCUUAUAUGCAUUAUUACGAUCCCACAAAGGGUGAUGAUCCUCUGGGCUCCAUCCAUCUCCGUGGGUCUGUGGUUACAGCUGUGGAGUAUGUGCCUGAUGCCAAAAAGCACGAUGUUGAUGGCAACCUCUUUGAGAUCAUCACUUCAGAUGAGAUUCACUAUUUCCUCCAAGCUGCAACAGCAGAGGAAAGAAAGGAGUGGAUCAAAGCAGUGCAGAUGGUGUCAAAAAGUGGGAAAUAACAUGAACAGUGAAGCAGUUGCGUAAUAUAUGCCAGCCAUUUCUAUAAUGUGUCAGCUAAGUAUAACUGUAUUGUUACCGUGAUAUAUGUUGUGUCAUUCUAGAUUCACUAGAUUCACUUUCUUAAAUACUCAAACUAUGGUGUUAUGGUGCUCUUGAGCAGUAUCUAAAGAGAAAUGAAAGUUAUAUUGUCAAAUAUAAGUAUAAUGUUUGUACACAAAUGUCACAGUAUUAUGAUGUGUGAUGUUAAAUUGGUAGCAUUUUAUAUUUCAGCUCAGUAAUAACACAAUAAUGUGUUUGGUAUCCAAUAAACAACCAAUAACAAGAUAAAAUCAUGUAAUUAUGCAGUUGUAACUGUUAAUAUUUUAGUAAAAACAAUGACAGUAUUUUGGUAGUACUGAGUUUAUUUUGCACAAUAAACUAACAUUACUGCAAAAUAUAACAGUAAUACCGAGAAGAACAUCAUAGAAAAACAGGAUCAAAUAAUAAAAUAUCAUUAAUAACAUAAUAAUAACAGGUUGGUUAAUCUGUUCACAACAAAAUUCACUGAACAAUUUUAGGCAAAACACGGGAAUAUCAGUAAAAAUAGGGUAGGCCUCAUAUCACCAUGUGUAAAGGCAUGUUAGAGAUUGGGGAACAGCACCAAUAGUUACAGGAAUAGUAAUAACAAUAUGAUGAUGUCCUGCUCAUUAUUAUUUUGGGAUACUUUUAGCCAUUGUUACAGACAUUAAAGCACAUUAUCACUGUCAGUUCAAGUUAUUACUUGAGAACUGUUGUAUUGUUUUAUUACCCUUUGAGUGUUACUGUACAUUUCAUGGCCCCAAGAUAACUCAUUGCACCUCACAUGCACAAUAUGUAACUUUAUUCUGAGGUUUAUUUGCUAACUAACCGGACAUUACAUGGCAGUUAUUUCAGUACAGGAUUAAUGUGUGAUCAUCUGCAGACGUGCUGUUGUGCAGAGUUAUGUAACUGCUGUAUCUUCGUUUCAAUAAACUGAGAAACACUGUCA